AUGUCCCUCUGCGCCUGGCUGGCCAGCGAGGCCGUCCAGGGCGCCACCCAGGCCGCGCUGCUCUGGGCUGCCCGCGCGGAGUGCCCACCGUGCUCCUGCGCGCCUUCGCUGGUCUGCGGUUCGGGCCAGGAGACGCUUGAGCUGGUCUGCCCACCACAGCAGGCGGGGUGGCCUCUGUCAGCCGUCGCCUUGGCGCUGCUGGGCGGGCUCGCCUGCGGCUGGGGCAUCGCGCGUCUGGCAGCGGCCCACUGGUCGGCGAUGGCGGCCGCCGCGGCGGCAGGCCAUCCUCUCGCGCAGGCUGCGCUCGACGAGGGGGACUUCGUGCUGGUGCUCUACCGCGUGGGAGGUGCGCGGAUCUGGCAUGAACGCUUGAUCGUGGUGCUGCAGCCGACGGCGCUUUUCGGCACCGGCAUCUUGACGCCCGACGGGCACGCCUACGUGGAGGCGAUCGCCCCGAACAGCGCGGACGUCAGGGACUACGCGAUCCCUGACGGCGGAGCUGUGGGCGGAGUGCCGCCGCAGACGGGAGCGGACCAGGUCUACCGCUUCCGCGGGCUCCCGCUACCUGGGGAGGUGGCGGCAGCGUCGGCGUCCACGAGGACGGCUCUGGGGUUGCCCCCUGGGCCGCCGAUCGCGCUCAACACGGCUGGGCGCGUGAUCGUGCCAGUGGGGCCGGCUGCAGGCCGUGCCGCUGCCGCCGCCCCAGCCCCGGCGCCGGCUGCCCCCGCCGCAGGCGCAGUGGGCGGGCUGGCGGGGCUUGCAGCGGCGCUGGGGGGCGUCCCUGGCGGUGGCGCCGCUGGGGGCGGCGUCCUGGUGCCCGCCGCCGCCGCGCCUCCCCCGGCCCCCGCCGCUGCCCCCUUUCCCGUGGGAGGCGCGGCCCUCGGUGCCAUGGGUGCGGCUGCGGGCGCGCUGGGCGGCGCGGCUGUCGCGGUGCCAGGUGGCGCAGCCCUGAGCGGCCUUGCGGCAGGGUUCGCAGCCAUCGCCGGCGCGCCAGGUGGAGACGCCAGGAUGCAGACGGUCACGCUGGAUACGCAGGGCGUGAGGUACGUCGACUUCCGCGCUGCCGCGGUCCGCCUCCAUGAGUUGCCAUGGGGCGACUAG